AUGAAAUUUGUUAAACAUAGUUUUCGUUUUGGUGGAGAUGAAAUAGAGUUACCAUCGAGUAUUAUUUUCAAAGUUUUUGAAUAUGUUUUCAAUAAUGAAAUGCCUUCGAAAUAUUAUGUUACUCUAAGUUUAGUUUGCAAGUUGUGGCGGCAAUAUGCAUUCCUCUCUGUGCAAACAAUAAGAUUGGUACCGAAACGUCUACAACAUCUCUUAAUGCCAUAUAAACCAGUUGCUUUGGAUACUGCUCUGUCAACUAUUUCCAACAUGUUGAUCAACUCCAGAACCAUCACUGUGCUGGACCUCUCCAAUUCGGAAAUUGAUAUCACUAGAACAAGUAUUAUAGGAGUUGGAAUUGCCCACUCUGAAAGUGUAAAACAUCUAAACCUUCAUUGUACCGCGCUAGACGAUAAAGCUGCCAAAGAACUUGCCGAUGCUUUACGUGAUAACAAGACGAUCCAAACCAUUGACCUGUCACACAAUCAUAUUGGUGCGGAAGGAGCUCUAGCAAUUGCACAAUCGCUAGAAUCUAGCAAAACAAUAACAACAAUCGACCUCUCCAAGAAUCAAAUCGGUAAUCAAGGUGCUCUUUCGAUUGCCAAAGUAUUUGGAAAGAGUAGGGUAAAGGUGAAUCUAGCCUCCAAUCAAAUCGGAAGUGAUUGUAUUAUCGCCAUAGCCAAAGCAAGAAAAUCAACAAAAACCUCGUUCCUCUACAAGAGUGGACUGAAACUUACAACGAUGGAUGGAAGAUGUACUUUAACUGCCUCUGUAGAAACAUAA